AUGUUCAGCUCUGCUGAUCUCGAAGCAAAGCCAGCAGCAGCAUCAGCAGCAAGACGACAUAGUCUCGUUCACGGAGGAAUGCGCAAAGGAGAUAUUGUUGGUGUUUAUAAGAGUUUCGGCGAUUGUCAGGCUCAGCUUAGUUCUUUGAUAUUUGAUCCUCCGAUUAGUGUGUACAAAGGGUACUCUUUGCCUAAGGACACUGAAGAGUAUCUUGGUUCAUGUGGACUUACGAAUGCCAUUCACACAAUCGCGGCUGCAGAUUUGAAGGACGAUAUUUUUUGGCAAGCUUAUGCAUUGCCCUUUUCAACAUCUUUGCAAGGUGGAGCAACUGUCACGGAUGCGCUCAAAAGGAGAUCCCAUGAAGUGCCUGCAUCAGAUAAUUUGGUGAGUUCAUAA